AUGGAGCCCGCUGCACAGCCGCCGUCUCCGGCCUUGACGAAUCCUCGCUUCACUCUCGAGCUGGAGUUUGUUUCAUCUCUUGCGAAUCCUUACUACCUCUCUCACCUUGCGGUCACCUACCCAAACCUCCUGGGUAUCUCUCGCGCCGACGACGAUGACCCCGAUUCUGCCUCUUCGCCCGAUGCCCAGGCUUUUGCAGCCUAUCUAGCAUACCUCUACUCUUACUGGAAGACCCCCGAGUAUUCUCAGUUCCUCACACACCCCGGCCCAACCUUACGCGCCCUCCGCCUCCUACAAGAGGAGAACUUCCGCCGUGAUAUCAUCCUGCCUCAGGUGAUCGAGGGAUUGGCAGGGGUCAAUGUUCCCGGAGAUGCAGCACCUGCCGAAACCGACGAUGCAGGUCCCGCAGAACCGCAAGAGUCAAAUGGUUCUAAGACUUGA